CGGCGCGGUUGCACGCCGUUGUGAUAUCACGGGAGUCGGGACUUUCCCGCGUUUUUGAGCAUGUGCGCGUGAUUACGUUAAGUGUUGUGUGUGUGAUGUUAUGACGUGAGUUAGACAGAGUGUAAGGAAUUUUCGUCGAGUCGUUCGCUGUUGGCGGCGCAACAUGUGCGCGUGUGGGUGGCGGCUGCACGCGUUCACCGCCGCGCUCGUGCUCGCCGCACACCUCAUCAAAGUUCUCUCGUGCGGCGAGGCGGGCGGGCCGCGCGCGCGCCGCUACGUGGGUCUCUACACAGGGCCGUACUUCGAUUCUUCCGCGCCUAACAACAUCACCGCGCAGCUGGGAACCCACGCCUACCUACCCUGCAAGGUCCGUCAGCUGAGCAACAAGUCGGUGUCGUGGAUACGUCGGCGCGACGCACACAUCCUCACCGUGGACAGAUUCACGUUCAUCGCCGACGAGCGCUUCCAGGCCUUCCUGGUGGAGGCCACUGACACCUGGACGCUGCAGGUGAAGUACGUGCAGGCGCGCGACGCGGGCGUGUACGAGUGCCAGGUCGGCACCGAACCCAAGAUGAGCCACUUCGUCCAGCUCAACGUAGUCGUCCCCAAGAUCGAGAUAGUCGGCGAGUCGGACCUGUACGUGAAGGCGGGCAGCACGGUGAGCCUCAAGUGCGUCAUCACGCAGGCGCUCGAGGAGCCGGCGUACAUCUUCUGGUACCACAACGACGAGCGCGUACUCAACUACGACCGCAGUCUGGUCGAGAUCCGCAUGGAGAGACUCGCGCCUGAUACCACUGUGGGCAACCUGAUAAUCUACAACCCGCGGCGCGAGGACUCCGGCAACUACAGCUGCUCGCCCUCCAACCUCGACUCCGCCUCGGUCGUGCUGCACGUGCUGAGCGGUGAGCAACCGGCGGCGAUGCAACACGGCAAUAGUGCGUCGCGGGCGGGCCCGGCGCUGCUGCUGUGCGCGCUGCCAGCCGCGCUGCGUCGCGCCGCCUCCGUAAUCACACUCGUCGUCUUGAUUAUGCUGCAGUGUCACGACGAAGACGCGCCGCACUAGCGUCCCGUCCAACGCGCGCCGCUCGCUCAGUUGCACAGAACUGACAAUAGAUGGCGAUAAGAAAUUCACCGUCGCAAACAUCAGUUACAGCAAACUGAUAAUAGAUGGCGCUUAACUAAAAACAACAAGGGUCUGCUCAGCUCACUGAUACCGAUAAGAGAUGGCGCUGGUUGAGUGCUGGUGCCUGGUACUUUUAUCGAGAAUCUUAAUAAAAAUAUGAUUUUUAUUUUCUUGCCUACGUUAAUUUGAAAUUUGGUGUAAAAAUUAUUAUAUAAUGCAUAUAUAAAGAUAGACGAUUAAAUCGUAUAUUUUAAAUCAUGUAAAUUACGUCCAUAAUUCUUGUAUGAAAAUUAUCGCAUCACUUUCGGAAAAUAUAGACAAGUAAGAUAUCGUAAGGGUACCAGGCACCUCACAAGGUGAGCCAAAUAGAUUGUAAUAAAGAGUAAGCACAGACAGUCAACUUAUGAGCGGAAUUAAAUUUUUAUAACUCAAGUAUCUAACGAUAUAGACCCCCUCCGCGGGGGCUUUGUAAAGUUUGUACAUAUUAUUAUAAAUAAUAUUAUUAUAAGUAUCAUAAAUAAAUUAUAUCUUUCGAGUUAAUCACUAGGCGCUCCGUAUUGCGGGUAGCGGGUUGCGUUCCGGGGAUGAGAAGUCCAACUUAUUAGAUAACCAUGGUUAUGCAACCAAAUUAGAUAGCUUCCAUGCCGCUACUGGUACUAUGAACAUAAUAAAAAAGGACUCUCAUCGACAUCUCACCUUUCGAAUUUCGUUUUCUAACCAAACUCAUCUCAUUAAUAUUUCUAAUUUAGAAAUCGAAAUUUAAAAUGUGUGCAUACGUUAGUUCAUAAUUCACGACUUUCUCGAAGUGAGUGGUUUCAUAUUUUCGGGAAAUACAACCGCAAGGUUUGAAUUUUUCGAAAAACGCAACCGAAAGAUUUCAACCACAGAAAUAAAUCAAGAUAGAACG